CACCCUCACCAGCGGCCACUCUUCAGCCCCAUCCACACUAACUUCAAUCCGGGAAGAGCAACACUUCUGACUCUCCGCCUUGCACAGUAGGGCAACAGUUUCAGCUUUGGGCAGCUUUUUGUUACAAACAUGGCGUCUCGGACCCUUAGCAAAGAUGACGUCCAUUACAAGCUUCAUUUCCGGAUGAUAAACGAGCAACAAGUGGAGGAUAUCACGAUCGAGUUCUUCUACAAGCCACACACGAUCACGUUACUGACGUGCACCAUAAUCAGUAUCAUGUACUUUGCAUUCACCAGAAAUGAUGCAGAUCCCGACAAUAACCUGCGGGUGGGCCUUGCCCUUGUUGUCUCCUUUUUCCUUGUUAUCAGUGUCCUGGCUUUCCCUAACGGUCCGUUUACCAGGCCGCACCCAGCUAUAUGGCGCAUGGUUUUCGGUCUCAGUGUCCUCUACUUCCUUUUUUUGGUCUUCCUCAUCUUCCUGAACUGGGACCAGGUGAAGCAGUUGAUGUACUGGCUGGACCCCAACCUGCGUUAUGCAACACGUGAGGCAGAUGUUAUGGAAUACGCAGUGAAUUGUCACAUGAUCACAUGGGAGCGCAUCCUCAGUCACUUUGACAUUUUUGCUUUUGGCCACUUCUGGGGCUGGGCCAUGAAAGCUCUGCUCAUCCGCAGCUACGGACUCUGCUGGACCAUCAGCAUCACGUGGGAACUCACAGAGUUAUUUUUCAUGCACUUGCUGCCCAACUUUGCUGAGUGCUGGUGGGACCAGGUCAUUCUCGACAUCCUGUUGUGUAACGGAGGAGGUAUCUGGCUCGGCAUGACUGUGUGCCGCUUCCUGGAGAUGCGCACUUACCGCUGGGCCAGUAUCAAGGACAUCCACAGCGCUACAGGGAAGCUAAAGCGUGCUGUGCUGCAGUUUACACCAGCCAGCUGGACCUAUGUGCGCUGGUUUGAUCCCAAAUCUUCCUUCCAGAGAGUGGCUGGGAUUUAUCUCUUCAUGAUCGUCUGGCAGCUCACAGAACUGAACACAUUCUUCCUGAAGCACAUCUUCGUGUUCCAGGCAUCUCAUCCCCUGAGCUGGUGUCGAAUCCUCUUCAUCGGGAUCAUCACUGCCCCCACUGUGCGCCAGUACUAUGCGUACCUUACGGACACUCAGUGUAAAAGGGUUGGAACUCAGUGUUGGGUGUUUGGGGCCAUUGCCUUCCUGGAAGCGCUGGCAUGUAUUAAGUUUGGCCAUGACCUGUUCUCCAAAACACAGGUCAUAUAUGUGGUCUUGUGGCUUGUUUGUGUGGCCUUCAUUACCUCUCUCUGCCUAUAUGGGAUGGUGUGGCAUGAGCAGAAAUACGGCGUGAGGAUGAAGUUACAGAGCACGUCUGAUUGUGACGAUAGCAGUUUCACUGACUCCUGUGGUUACGUUCCCAACACCAUUAAAGGGGAAAGAGACUCCAGCAGCUCCCAGCUGUUACGCCAGAGAAGACGAGGACCGCAGAAGAACAAAGCUAACGGAACGAGCAGCAAGCAGUAGCUAUGUUGAAGGCAGAGUGUCGCUCAGUGCGUGGAGCUUACGUGGUAAAAGGUUUACAAGGACAUGAAUCAGAGAACGAUGAGUGACAGCAGAUCGUGAAACACUGUUCCACAAUGUACUGCUCGCCACAAGUCUUUAUCACCAAGGCACUAGUAGAGAAACGUGUGCUACAGCAGGUGGUUAUUGUGUUUUUCAAACUGCACUCAGUGUAAAAGUCAGUUUGGAAAGCAUUGUUUUGGAUAUAAAAUGAUUUCCUGGAUCACAUUUACAGUAUUUAGAGACUAGAGAGAGUGCAUGACCACAGGAUUGCGCUGUUUCCACACUAUGGCAUUAAUUCUGCUUUAUACUUUAUGAACGUUUGCUUGUUUCUCUUUAUCACUGUUACUAAUUGGACAGUUUUGUAGUUAAGGACUUACAAAUGAGGAAAAUGCAAAUGAAUCUAAUUAGUCAUAUCCGCACAGUUCUCACAUGUGAAUAUGUCGAAGCACAUUUUCGGUCAUCCUUAUACACAGGUAUGAAGUCUCAUUAUGAUGGACUUGCUCAGCUACAUUCCCGCGAAACAGCCCCAACUCUCCUGUUUUUUUCUUCUCUCUCUCUUCUUCCCCACAGUUUAACUCCCUCUUCACUGCACUGGCUGAACGUCUUUAACCCCAUGCGUUUAGAGUAUGCCUGAAUAUUAAAUAACAUAUCAAGAUAGACCAAAACAAAACCUGUCACAGGCGACAUGUAUAUUUCUAUUGCACUAUACUAAAUGUUACUAAACUGAAUCUAGAUGUUCUGCUCAAUCGCCUGCAAGAAGGUACAAUUUAGACUGAGAUUUUUUUUUUCCUUUUUCAGUUGCAGAGCCAUAGUUUGUUGUCCGUCUCAUUAUAUCAGUGGUUGUUUCUAAUAAUUGUUUAUCUGACCAAAAAAAAAAAAAAUUCUGUACUCUCUUUUCAAAAUCGCUUAUAUUAUGUAUGUUUGAUGUUUAUGUAAUAAUUAGAGAUGGCACGUACUGCUUUUUUCCGAGAACAAUACUGAUUUCUUUAAAAUUUCGUUAAAACAUACUAAGCUUUAAAAAUUAUAUAUAUUUUGGAAGCACUUAAAUAAAAAAAAAAUACAAGAAAAAGUACUUAGCUGAAAAAAAUGAUUUAAACAAAACCUUCACUUAUAUGGCAAAUAUAAUAACAGUAAUAAAGUAUAAAUAUAGUAAAAUCAAUCCUAACAAAAAGCACAAUGAUGACUCUUUAUAUGUAACCACUUCCAGUUCUUAAAAAAAAAAAAAAAAAUCUGUGCCAAAUUCAGUUCCAGUCUUUUACAGUUGUUAAAGGAUUGGAUUGAAUUCAUUGUUUUUUUUACUGCAAUGUUUGUUCCACUGUGUUUUGCUGGUAUCGGCCCGGUACCGAUGCCUGGAAUCAGAUCGGUGCCAUCUCUAGUAAUAAUAUAACCUUAUAGCCUUGCCGUGCCAUUUUUUCUCUAUUAACUGUGAUAGUUUAGAGUGGUGGUUCUCAAUCAUUUUGGAUCCAGAGAAUCCUUUACCCUUUAAAAAAAAGCAAAAAAAAAAACAACUGCAUUCUCUGAGCACACAUUUAUUUUCCGCACAAAAUCCAACAUCUCAAAUAUUAGGCUCAUUAUUUAAAUGUAUGCAAUAAUAUUUUGGCUAUUUAUUGUAGCUGUAGACCUUGGAGUUUGGAUUAUAGUAUAAUAUAGAAUAAUAUAAUAAUUUUGAUAGUGAUGGGUUGUAAUAUCCACCACUGUAACAGAAUUAGAAAAGUGAGUGUGCGUGUGAGUGUGCGUGUGAGUGUGCGUGUGAGUGUGCGUGUGAGUGUGCGUGUGAGUGUGCGUGUGAGUGUGCGUGUGAGUGUGCGUGUGCGUGUGAGUGUGCGUGAGUACUAAAUACACAAUGUGAUUUUUCUUUGCAAUAUUGCUUUGCUCCUUUGUCUAUUCUUGACAUAAAUUAGUGUUUGCUGUUGCACAAAGUUCUUGUUGAAGGUUACAUGAAAAAUCAACUAAUAUAAAAGGGUGUUUUUCUCGUUUCAUAUAUAUAUGUGUAUAUAUAUGUGUAUAUAUAUAUAUAUAUAUAUAUAUAUAUAUAUAUAUAUAUAUAUAUAUAUAUAUAUAUAUAUACACACACAAUGUGUCAUAAUGCGAAAUUAAUUAAGGUGCUGUAUUAAGGUUUAAGAACUAUUUUCUUUUUAAAGUCACUGUGAGAAUGUGUAACCUGAUUAUCUAGACUAACAUAGCAGGACUGAAUAGAUCUAAAAUAAAUUGUUUAAUGUGCUCUUAGUUAAUCAGCUCCGAGUUUCUCGAGUCCGGUUAGUGGCGCUCUUUCAUCUUUUCCACUUUGGUGCCUUAGUAAAGCAACGGAAAAUUUCCAGUGCUAGAAAUUCCAUGCCAGUGCCACUUUAUGGGCUGCAGAUGGUCCGGUGAUUUAGAGGGUUUUCCCUUUAAUGAGUGACCACUAUUCCUGAGAGCCAGAAUAACAAAUACAAUCUUUUGGUAUUAUUAUUUUUACUCUUUUGGUAGUAUUUCUACUCUGGGGAAUUUCAUACUUAUUUUUCUAUGUAUGUAAUUUGAUAUUUGGUAUGUGAUUGUUGUUUUUUUUUAUUGGUUAACUUGUGGAAAAGGAUUUAAAAAGCUUUCUUGUUGUGAUUUUUAAGUGAUCACUAUGACCUGACUGAUAUGAAAUUGUUAUAAUAGAUACAUAAGCACUAAAAAACUGUGACUGAAUCAAGUGAUGCAGCUGUUUAAUUUCUUUAUUGCCUGGAGAAUAUGAGUACAAAUCAAACUGGUGCCUUUCUGUACUUCCUGUGAACGAUUAGUUUCCUCACUAAGCUUUUUCUAUAGAAUAUAUACAGAGACGUUAUUGAUGCUCUGUCACUGUUAUUUCCAUCAAUGCUCACAUCAGUAUCGGCCAGUUUUAUUGGUCAGUCAGUAUAUCAGUCGGGCCACACAAUGAUCACAAUGAAGACAACUUGUAAUUUUCUGAGUGCCAGCUGACAUUUAAAAUAGUUUUUCAAUAAAGCUCUCAAGAACAAAUCAAAAA